UUUACAAAGAGCUUUAUGAAGCUUUGGUUGAAGACUGUCACUGUAAGAAAAAUGGAGAUGGGACAGUAUGCCAAAUCACCAGCUAAUGAAAGAACAAAUGGACGGGCACAAAGAGAACCAACUCAUCCAGGUCAGAAUACUUCAAGAGGGUCAAAAACCUACAUUUUGGUGGCAGUCAGCUUCGGCCUGCUGUUCAUCGUACAAUCCGCUCUCAAUGUCUCACUUUGGCUGCAAGCAGCUGAAUGUUCUACCCAGUCCAACAACGCUUCAACGAACAAUUUCACCAAAAUGUCAGCUGUUGACAUCGAAGCCUUGAUUUUAGAGAAAGACCGACUGGUUCAAGAGAAGAAGCAACUGGUUCAAGACACAAAGCAACUGGUUCAAGAGAAGGAUCAACUGGUUCAAGAGAAGGAUCAACUGGUUCAAGAGAAGAAGCAACUGGUUCAAGACACAAAGCAACUGGUUCAAGAGAAGGAUCAACUGGUUCAAGAGAAAGACCAACUGAUUCAAGACAAAAAGCAACUGGUUGAAGAGAAAGAUCUACUGGUUCAAGAGAAGAAGCAACUGGUUCAAGAGAAGGAUCAACUGGUUCAAGACAAAACGCAACUUGUUCAAGAGAAUAAUCAACUGGUUCAAGACAAAAAGCAACUUGUUCAAGAGAAAGACCAACUGAUUCAAGAGAAGAAGCAACUGGUUCAAGACAAAACACAACUUGUUGAAGAGAUGGAUCUACAGGUUCAAGACAAAAAGCAACUGGUUCAAGAGAAGGAUCAACUGGUUCAAGACAAAAAGCAACUGGUUCAAGAGAAGGAUCAACUGGUUCAAGACAAAAAGCAACUGGUUGAAGAGAAAGAUCUACUGGUUCAAGACAAAAAGCAACAGGUUCAAGAGAAGGAUCAACUGGUUCAAGAGAAGGAUCAACUUGUUCAAGACAAAAAGCAACUGGUUCAAGAGAAGGAUCAACUGGUUCAAGAGAAGGAUCAACUGGUUCAAGACAAAAAGCAACAGGUUCAAGAGAAUGAUCAACUGGUUCAAGAGAAAGACCAACUUGUUCAAGAGAAGGAUCAACUGGUUCAAGAGAAAGACCAACUUGUUCAAGAGAAGGAUCAACUGGUUCAAGACAAAAAGCAACAGGUUCAAGAGAAGGAUCAACUGGUUCAAGAGAAGGAUCAACUUGUUCAAGACAAAAAGCAACUGGUUCAAGAGAAGGAUCAACUGGUUCAAGACAAAAAGCAACAGGUUCAAGAGAAGGAUCAACUGGUUCAAGAGAAGGAUCAACUGGUUCAAGACAAAAAGCAACUGGUUCAAGAGAAGGAUCAACUGGUUCAAGAGAAGGAUCAACUGGUUCAAGAGAAGGAUCAACUUGUUCAAGACAAGGAUCUACUGGUUCAAGACAAAACGCAACUGGUUCAAGAGAAGGAUCUACUGGUAAAGGAAAACAAAGAGCAAACGGCCAAUAACACCAACCUGGUCAAUGACAACACACGGUUAGGACAGAUGGUCACUGAACUACAAAAUCAAAUUCAGUCGGCAGAAAAAAUCCUCCCAGAUUGUCCCAGUGGAUGGCAGAGACACAAGUCCACCUGUUACCAGCUUUCCUCAAGUGAGAAUACCUGGCAGCACGCAAAAGAAGACUGUGAGAACAAAAGAUCUAAUUUGGUGCUUUUGUAUGAUGUAGCAGAAGAGAAAGUUGUCCGUGGAUUUGGAGGUGAUGCCAAACUGUGGAUGGGCCUGAGUGGUAACCUGAAUAGGCAAAAGAACCACUGGUAUUUGACAACGGUGGAUUCAAGCCCCCGGUGUUAUACAAACUGGAAGAAUCCUACACCGGAAGUUGCGAGUAACAUUUACUGUGCAUAUGUGGACUAUCACACGUCGUCUCUGAAGACCUGGUUCAUGGUCAGCUGUGAAGAACAACACAAGUGGAUGUGUGAGAUGAAGCGUGCCUCUAUCUGCCCUAAAUAAGACUCAACCCAUCAAACACAUCUGCAAUCAGUCUGUCUCUCAUUCACAAACACAGACACAUUUAUUUAAAGGAGCCCUCUUUUUGGGGUUGUCCCUUUCCUGUAGUGUUCUAUAGGUU